CAGCAUUCGAGCCUCUGAGUUCUCUCUCGAAGAUGAUGAGUCUUUCAUCUCAGCCAAGAAACACUAUGAAGAAGAUUAUGAAGGGGAGGAGGAUAAGGACAUGGGUUUCCUCACUAGAUCCUUUGAGGGAAGAGAAGCGACUGAUGUCAGGGUUUCUGCUACCGCCGUCGGCACUGCUGGCCGUGGCGGCCUCGGCAAGCUCUCCAUCAGAGGGACCCACCGGACUCGAGGGCUCACUGAUAUCGGGCUUUCCUCUGUUGGUCGAUGCUGCCCUUCUCUUAACGUGUUAUCACUGUGGAAGGUCCCUCGUGUUUCUGAUGAAGGUCUGGCUGAGAUUGCCAAUGGAUGUCCAAUGCUAGAAAAGCUCGAUCUUUGCGAUUGCCCACUUAUUACUAGCAAGGGCUUGCUUGUCGUUGCAGAGAAAUGCCCUAAUCUGAUGUCUCUUCAACUGGAUUCUUGCACUGGUAUUGGCGAUGAAUGUCUCCAGAAUAUCGGUCGUUAUUGCCCUAAUCUACAGUCUGUUUCCAUCAAAGACUGCCCUCUUGUUGGUGAUGAAGGAAUUGCGGGCAUGAUGUGUUCUACCUCUUCUUCCUUGGCCAAGCUAAGGCUUGAGAAGUUGAAUGUCGGUGACUUUGCUCUUGCUUGUAUUGGGCAUUAUGGGAGGUCAAUUAUGGAGCUGCAUCUUACUGGACUUCAGAAUGUGGCUGAAAGGGGAUUCUGGUGCUUGGGCAAUGCAAAGGGAUUACUGAAGUUGAGAUCUAUUGUUACAACCUCUUGUCGAGGGGUUACUGAUAGAGGGCUGGAAGCUGUGGCAAAGGGCUGCCCAAAUCUGAACCAGCUAUCCAUUCACAAGUGUUGCUUUAUCUCUGAUAAUGGCUUGAAGCGUUUCAUCGAGGCUUCUAGGGAACUUGAGAAAUUGCAACUUGAAGAAUGUCAUAGGAUUACGCUAGUUGGUGUUCUUGCUGUUCUUGUCAAAUGCAAUGCUAAGCUCAGAAAACUCGCCUUGGUCAGGUGUUUGGGAAUCAGAGACAUCCAAUAUUACCCAGAUGUUCUUCCUCUAUGCAAGUCGCUUCAAUCCAUCAGAAUUCGUGACUGCCCAGGAUUCACUAGCAUGAGCUUGGCUCUUGUUGGUAAGAUCUGCCCUAGUUUGAGACGCUUGGAUAUAAGUGGUCUUGUCACUGUAACAGAUGCUGGGCUUCUACCGGUGAUUCAGAGCUCCGAGAAUGGACUGAUUAAAGUCAAAUUGAGAGGCUGUGCUAAUCUAACUGAUACAUCCAUAUGCGCGCUUGUGAAGGAACAUGGCGACACUCUCAGGCUACUCAAUUUCGAUGGCUGCAACAAAAUCACUGAUAAAGUUUUAUUAACAAUCUCAGAGCAAUGCACUAUGCUUGAGGAGCUCUACAUGUCAAAUGCUGAUGUCACUGAUUAUGGUGUUGCUCUCUUAGCGUCUGCGAGGCAGCUCAAUCUUUAUGCUCUUUCCUUUUCUGGUUGCUCAAAGGUGACAACCCGAAGCCUGCCAUUCUUUGGUAACAUGGGAAGGACAUUGGUUGGUUUGAAUCUUCAACACUGCGCUCUUAUUCAAGCUCAUGGUGUCUCUCUGCUCGAAGAGAGAAUGUGGUGGUGUGAUAUCCUCUCCUAACUUUUUUCCCCAUUCAGGACAUCUGUCAGUUUUCUGGGAUCCUUGGCCAUAGCGAGUUUUUGCAGGUUUCUCCAGUGAGGGGAGAUCUGUUCGACUUCUUCUCGCUUUGGUCAUAUGGUUCUUGAGAUGACAACAUAUACUGAGUCCUGGAGAGGUAUCAGUUUUAUUUUCAGUUUCUGGUCUGUGGUCUUUGUAUCUUUUCAUUCAGGACGCCUGUCAGGUUUUGGGAUCCUUAGCCAUAGUGAGUUCUCGCAGGAUUCUCCGAUGAGGGGAGAUCUGUUUUUGAGUUUUUGCCUGUGCCAUUGAUUUGGCGAGCUUCUUCUCGCUUUGGCCAUUAGGGUUUCUUGAGAUAAAAACAUAUUGACUCCCUGGAUUGGUGGCAGCUUGUUUUCAGUUUAUGGUCCGUGUUAGUUGUGUGAGGUUGCUUUUGCGCAGUUCAUUCCGGAUGCUGGGAUCUGUAGGGUUUUGGUUAUGGCAGCAGAUGCCAUUGACGGCUGUUUUGGCUGUUUUUUUUAGACCUUGACCUUGAUUUUGCAUGGCUAAUGUUAUGGACUGUAACCUUUGUAACCUUGCUCAUGUUAACGAAGCAUGUACUUGUUUGUUA